AUGGGACCAGAAAAAGAUGACAACGUUGGAGAGAGAAAUCAGAGGAAAGUAGGGAAUGAUGUGAAUGAGAAGACUGAGGUCAUUCGGUACAUGUGCGAGCAGCAAAGACUUUUCCAGCCCAGACCUGGCAUCAGAAGAGGACAGACCAUUCCAGAGAGGAGAGGGUUGGAUGCAGUAAAUCUAGAGCCAUUUCGGUAUGAAGUGGGGACCAUUCCAGCAGAAUGGGAAGCCUGGUUAAGGAAAAAGAGAAAGGAUCCACCCACCAUUGAGGAAAUUCUUAAGAAUGAAAAGUAUAGAGGAGAAAUGCAACUGAAAAUCAAAGAUGUUUCUGAAAAGGACAAACUCCUUCAGGCCAAGGAGUACAAGGAGGGGCUUGUUGCUGAACCUGUUAGUACUCAAAUAAAAGGUCAUGCUUCAGCCCAUUACUAUGGAAAAAACCAGCCUUCGCAAGACCCAACCAGCAUUGCAAAUACCUUUCAGCCAGGUUCCUGGAUGCCACCAGAUGGCAGCAGCCAUAAUAAAUAAAUAGUUGUAGCAUGCAGAAUUUUGUUAAUUAAAUUAGCAGGUAGGUAAUUUCAACAAAGAACAUGACUGAAGAAGAUCUGAUUUUGCUUACAACUAUUCUGCUUUGUUUGCUAUAUUAUGUGUAAUAAAGCUCUGUAUUUAAAAUG